GCCUUUUUGAGAGUCCUAAACAGCGCCAGGUAACUUAUUGCUUUUGUCACGAGUCUCUUUAGGGUAGGGAAUGCAUGCUGCCCUUCACAGGACAGCACAAAGCUGCCGCUUGCAAUAUUUAUCACUACCGCGUGUAUCAAACACUCGUAAAAGUAUAACUGCUGGCAGUGUUGUUAAGCGCGGUGUGAACAGUAUGGCGUCCACCGAGCUUCCGGAACGCGCACGGGCUGUCCUUGAAUACUGGUUUGGACCGGAGUUUGCAACAUCGGAGGAGUCCUUCGUGCCGAAAGACAAAAUGCGCCUCUGGUUCCAAGGAGGGCCCGACGUUGACCAGUACAUUACCGAGCAUUUCGGUAACGACGUACGGUUGGUUGGGGAGGGAAAGUACGACAGCUGGAGUCACAACGGAAACCCGCUAAGCACGCUGGCAGGAAUUGUCCUUAUGGACCAGUUUACCAGAAACAUUCACCGCGGCCAGCCAGCAGCCUUCCAGCUUGAUUCGCAGGCCCUUGCAUGGGCCGACAGAGCAGUGGCGGAGGGAGCGGACCAGCGCCUACCUCCCAUGCUGCGCUACUUCGUCUACAUGCCGUACAUGCAUGCGGAGGACCUUGCUGUACAAGAGCGCGGCGUGCAGCUCUUCCGUACCGCGACCGAGACCACCGCCGCCGCGGGCCCCGCAUGUGCUGCUGCCGCCAGCUGCCUGCGCAUGGCGCUGAGCUACGCGGAGGCGCAUCGCGACGUGAUCGCCAGCUGGGGCCGCUUCCCGCACCGGAACGCAAUCCUGGGUCGGGAGAGCACUGCCGCGGAGGUGGCUGGGCUGGCAGAUGGCAGCAUAAAGAAGUUCUAGCGGUUGGAGCGAGGCACGUCUUGGCAUGGCGGCAUUGGGCACUCGCCUUGUGCCACGUUGGGCCGCUUAGGAGUGAGAAGGUAUGCUUGAGUGGGCUUGUUACAUUAAAUCAACUACAAGAAGCAUCGGCGGCAGCUGGAAGCCCCGAAGUACUCAAUCCGUGUACGAUGUUGGCGAGGUGUUGGCUAUUAUAACCUUGAGAGCGCGUAUGCACUGGAAGGGUUUGGGGAUGAAAUGCGUGGGCGUAGACUUAUUGAAUGGCGUUGCACGUGGAGUGUACCUACCCAACGAGCAACAUUCUACCACUCGUGCGGCGACGAAUGACAGAAAGUGAGACAAUAUUUAACAAUUGUUUCGGAGGUUGUCACAAUACUGGCCUAAGCCGCUUGAGGAUUACGUGUGAUGACCCGCGGAGCAGUUGCCCUUCGCGACAUUCGACUUUGAGGGCGGUCUGUUGGUGCGUGUAAAUACUAACAAACAAUUUAGGGUAGUCAUCGGACGCUAGAUGGUCCAGGCUGGCGCACGCAGUAACUGAGCAGUGGAUUGAUAACAACAGCCGUAUCAUCCCAAGGGGCUUUCCUAUGCUUACGUCGGCAACUCCAACUCGAGGCAGCGAGCGUUGUUGUUGCUACCUCCCUCCAACAUACGCCCCAUUACUUC